GGUCGCUUUUGUUUAAAAGCGACCACCUAUGUUGCGGUCGCUUUUGUUCAAAAUAUUUCUUAUCCACACCCGUGGGUUUGUGGCCACUUCUUUUCUCAUCAUCUCUCCCACAUAUUCCACCAUUUUCUCUCCUUCCUUCAAGCUCACCCAUCUACUAAUUUCAAAACAAAUGACUUCCGAUCGUAGUUGGAUGAAUCGUCGGUUUGAUGCGAGUAAGAGAAUAACGGAUGAAUAUAAAAUUGGUGUUGAAAAUUUCAUCAAAUUUGCUAGUGCACGAAUGGAUGAUUCAAAGGGGAGGAUAAGAUGUCCAUGUAACGAAUGUGGAAAUUAUUAUCUCAAGUUUCCCGAUAAUGUGACAUUGGAUUUGUAUCGGCACAGUAUUAUGCUGGGAUAUACAAUAUGGUACUAUCACGGGGAGAGUGAUAAGUCACGGGUUGACAUCGGAACAAGUUCUAGGAAUGUUGGUUGCACGGAUGAUGAUUUUUAUGAUGCACGUGAAAUGCUUGGAGAUUUUGCGGAGGCAACAAGACAAUUCGAGAAUGAUGAAGAAGAACUGAAUGCAACUGCAAAUAACUUUUAUAAUAUGCUAGACAGUGCUUCUGAACCAAUUUAUCCUGAUAAUACAAGAUUUACAACAUUAUCAUUUGUGAACAACCUACUCCAAUUCAAACAUAAGCAUGGUUGUAGUAACAAGGGUUUUGACGAGUUGCUUGCACUCAUUGGAUCCGUGUUGCCAAAUGGUCACAAGUUGCCCAUGAAAUACUACGAUGUGAAGAAAUUGGUAAGUGGGUUGAACAUGGGCUACCAAAAGAUUGAUGCUUUUGUAAAUGAUUGCAUGUUGUUUUACAAAGAGGAUAGUGAGAAGAUAUAUUGUGACAUAUGUAAUGAAAAUCGAUACAAGCCUCAAAAGGAUCAAAAGAAAAGGAUGAUCCCAAGAAAAAUCUUGAGAUACUUUCCUCUUGCAUUGAGACUACAAAGAUUAUUCAUGUCCGACAAGACUGCAAAGUGUAUGACGUGGCACCAUGAUAGAGUUACAGUUGAAGGUCAAGUAAGUCACCAUGAUUUCGAAGUGUACAUCUUCUAUGUUGUUCCAAUGAUGCAUACUUGAAUUAAUUAUGUUUGUUUAAAAUUCAAUAAAAUCUCAGAGUAUUUAAUUAUGAUUGUUUAAAAUUCAAUAAAAUCUUGGAAUAUUCAAUUGAGAUUUUACACCCAUUAGACUAGAUAUUAAUAGAAAUAUUAUUGGAGUGAGUUUUUAUGAGCAAAUAUUUUUACAAGUAAUAUCAUUGGUUGCAUUAUUUGUUCAAUAUACGAUUCAACGAAUGAUAAGCUUUUGG